UCCCUCCCUCCGUCCCUCCCUUCCCCUGCGCCGUUACCGCCCCGCUCCGCCCCGCCCGGCGCUGCCGCAUCCGGGUCCUGGCGGCGCUGUCACUAUGGUCAUGGCGGAGGGCACGGCCGUGCUGAGGCGGAACAGGCCGGGCACCAAGGCCCAGGAUUUCUACAAUUGGCCUGAUGAAUCCUUUGAAGAAAUGGAUAGUACAUUAGCUGUUCAGCAGUAUAUUCAGCAAAACAUAAGGGCAGACUGUUCCAACAUUGAUAAGAUCCUUGAACCUCCUGAAGGCCAGGAUGAAGGUGUGUGGAAGUAUGAACAUUUAAGACAAUUCUGCCUUGAGCUCAAUGGACUAGCUGUCAAGCUUCAGAGUGAAUGUCAUCCAGACACAUGUACUCAGAUGACAGCAACUGAACAAUGGAUUUUUCUUUGUGCAGCUCAUAAAACUCCCAAAGAGUGUCCUGCUAUCGAUUACACCAGACACACACUUGAUGGAGCUGCAUGUCUUCUGAAUAGCAAUAAAUAUUUCCCCAGCAGGGUUAGCAUAAAGGAAUCUUCUGUAGCCAAAUUAGGAUCAGUGUGCCGAAGGAUUUACAGAAUAUUUUCACAUGCUUAUUUUCAUCAUCGGCAGAUAUUUGAUGAAUAUGAAAAUGAAACUUUCUUGUGUCAUCGGUUCACUAAGUUUGUGAUGAAGUAUAAUCUGAUGUCCAAGGAUAACCUGAUUGUACCCAUUUUGGAAGAAGAAGUGCAAAACUCAGUGGCAGGGGAGAGUGAGGCAUGAUGGGGAUGGUAGUACAGAAGUCUAUACCGAAUACAAGCAAAACAUUAAUUAUGUACUGUAUAUAUCAUUUUAGACACUUCAAUCACGUAUCCUCAUAGCUUUUAGUAUACUUUUUGUAUGCUGUGUGCAUUGCCUUUUAAUAUGGGAAAUACUUUAAGUUAUUCAUGAGCUGUAUAUUCAUCAAUGUGGCACUCAUGGUUUUUAAAUAAAAGUAGUAGUAUCUGUUUAUAAUGCUUGUUAAUAAAAGAAUUUACAGUUCUUUAAAAUUGCUGCUAAACAAUCAUUGAAUCACAAUCCUGAAGAUGUGUCAGAUUGGGUGGGGAAAAAAGCAAGAUUAACAUUACACAGCAAGCCAUUUUUUAAUGCAGUAGCUAUGCUAGUUCAAAGAUUAUCACCUUAAAUAUAUAAUUCUGCAGGAAGCUCUUUGCAGUGUAGCUUAUCCCUAAUUUAGCUUUUAUUUUUUUAAGAUAGCUUUGAAGAUUUACUUUUGGAUGUGCAUAUUCCUGUAUGUGUAUAUCCAAACAAUAAUAGCAUCUAUAGUAUUAGUAAUACCUAAAGGAUAAUUUUACUAUGCUGUUGAACGUAUAUAUUCUUGAUAUAUGUCUAACAUACUUUCUGGACUUUUUGUUUUGUUACCAGUGGAGGCUUGUGUACAGCAGAGGGUGGUUUCUGUCCUGCUACAACAGACCUCUGCUGUUCUCCAGUCCACGACUUCUCUACAGCCUAACUGUGGCAGAAAACUCAAUGGCUUAUACCUGUACAUAUUUAUGGCAAUGGCUUACAAAUUAUACCUCACAUAAAUAUUCACAUUACACUACAUAACCCGCUAGCAUAGUAUUUGCUUAUAUUUUUAGUAAAAACAUUAAGUACUUGAAAAAUUGAACCUGACUCCUUGCAGGAGUUAAUCAUAUUUUCAACAUAAGUUAAUUUGUUUUUCUUAAUUCACCUGCAUUAUAUUCUUUGACAGAAAGAUUUGGAUUCACACUACUUCUGCUCCCUUUUAGAUGUUUAUUUCAAGUUUUCUUUGCAGAUUUGCAAUAACUGACAAUUUCCAUGAGUGCUGCUUAAUUGUUAUGUCUAGAAUGAUAGAAUUAAAUGUUUUAGUGUUAAUAUAGCAGAGACAUACUGCUAAGUGUGCAUGAAUGCAGGGUCUAAAAGCACUAGCAGAGUUCUUAUGUUAAAUGAGUUUUGCUUAUCUGUUUAAAAAGGUAGCUGGUUGUUUCUCUUGGAAGUUGCCGGGGGCCUCUUCUAUUUCUUUAAGCAGGUCAGAACAGGCCAAGCAAGGUUGUUUCUGUAAACUACCCUUUGUUAAGUUAUGCUUACCUGGACAGAAGGGAGUUCACCUAUUUUUAAGUCUUUUUUCAUAAUAUACUAAACAUGCCUUAAAUUCUAUUUUUCUUUAUACAAAUCAAGCACACCUCAAGCAACUGUACCACCUGGAUGUAAAGGGAAUUUAAAACAAUGAGAAAAUAAAGAGACUAAACUUCUGAAGUACUUCAGCAGCUGUGUUCUUCAGCAGCUCUUGUGUCUCAUGUUUAUCAUUGUUAUUUAACUGUCAGCAGGGUAAUUGCAUGAGAUGUCUGAGUGAGCAUAGCUUUAGUUAUUGUCUAUACAGUUAGCUAUAACUUGCCUUGUAUGGACCAGAUUACUUGAUUUUGAUAGGUAUCUUGAAGCUUGUACUGCAGGUAGGAGAGAGACUAUUUUGGAAGUAGUCAAUUUAUUUAGUUCUGUUACAGUCUGCUGUAGGACCAUUCAUGGUGUGUUCUUUAGUACGGUCAUGCUGCAUGCUUAUACUGGUCAUAGUGACUGAGACAGGCAAAAACAUGUAACUAGUGUUGCGAAUUACAUCUCCUCUACGAAACUGAAGAAUAUGUGGUGCUCAGGACUGCAUUAAAAUUUUAAACCUCUUCUUCUUCUUACGCUUUAGGAAUUUCACUUCAAAACAAAACUCUGGAAGUUUUAAUCCUGUUUAUUCUCAUUCAGAUUUGCACUGUAAAAUUGACUUGCUCUACUAUUGAUUUUAUAUAAGGCCUAAGUGAAACACUGCUUGUAUUUUCCCUUGCUGUUGUUUACAUGAGUACGGCGUACACACAUGUGCCUGAGUGGUACCAUAAAACUUCCUUUUGCCUAAGCAAACCAUUGAUUUGUGUAGUAAAUACAUGAACAGAUUUAACUUACAAUCUACUUAAUAGGGAAGGCGACUGUCUUUGAAAUAUAUUGUAAAAAAGGAAAAAAAAUUAAAAUUAAACUGUUUCUUUAUCCAGACCGCUA